AUGUGGACCGACUCAACACUCGUUCUAAGGUGGAUCGCAUCAUUUCCCGGAAGAUGGAAAACUUUCGUCGCCAACAGAGCAUCCAGUUUUUCGCACCUCGUUCGAGUUUCUGCAUACGUCAGAAGAUUCAUUGCAAAUACCCGAUACCCAUCCAAAAAGUUCACUGGUCCAAUAAGUCCAUCCAAGCUAAAGAAUAGUUUGACUCAACUAAUUCGAACGGUACAAGGAGACUCUUUUGCGGCGGAAAUUAACGAUUCGCAAAACUCCAAAUCGGUUUGCAAGACAAGAAACAUUCACCAACUCAAUCCAUUUCUUGAUGGAGAAGGAACUCUCAGGGUGGGCGGCAGAUUAUCACGGUCACCAAUACACGAGGAGGCAAAACACCAAGCGAUUCGACCCCAUGAUCAUCAUCUCACAACGCUCAUCGUUCGAGAUUGUCACCUGAAGAAUCUUCACAGCGGAUUUCAAGCUACAUGGUCAACCCUCCUACAACAAGUUUGGAUUCUCAGAGGAAGAAACACAAUUCGUCAAAUCAUUCGCAAAUGUGUCAUCUGCAGGAGACAUCGAGCCCAACUUUCACAACAAUUAAUGGGAAAUCUACCUGUUGCUCGUGUCACUCCAAAUCCCCCAUUUCUACAUGUUGGAGUUGACUACGCAGGCCCAUCCUCAAUUCUCAAGGCUAAGGGAAGAGGUCAAAGGUCAAUGAAAUCAUAUUUUGCAAUCUUUAUAUGCUUUAGUACAAAAGCAGUUCAUCAGGAGGCAGUGACUAAUCCAUCCACAGAAGCAUUCUUCGCGUGUCUCCGACGGUUCUCAGCACGACGAGGCGUACCAGGUCACAUAUAUUCAGAUUGUGGCACGAAUUUCCAAGGAGCCGAUAAGGAGUUAGAAGGAUUUUACCUUACUGAGUUCAAUGAAAACGUGGCGGAAGGAGCAGCAGCUCAAGGUAUCUCGUGGCACAUGAACGCCCCCUCAUCACCACAUCACGGAGGCUUAUGGGAGUCCGGCGUCAAAGCGGUCAAGUACCACACUCGUCGCGUAAUGGGCAACGCACAUCUCACCCUUGAAGAAUUUGCAACCUUAUUAUGUCAAGUGGAAUCCAUCCUAAAUUCCCGUCCUCUCUGCGCAAUGUCACCAGACCCAGGAGACCUACAGGCCUUAACUCCAGGUCAUUUCCUCAUCGGACGGCCGCUUAACUCCAUCGCGGAUCCGGACGUCACUCAUAUCAACACCAAUAAACUAUCGAGAUGGUAA